UAUAGAUCCUUCGACGAAACCCUCCAGAUUCAACCCAAUCUCUCGUCAAAUUCAACUUCGCUCUCUGUAUCUAUAGCCGUAGAAGCACCGGAGGAAUGGCGAGGACGAAGCAGACGGCGCGGAAGUCCACCGGGGGCAAGGCCCCGAGGAAGCAGCUUGCCACCAAGGCGGCCCGGAAGUCGGCCCCCGCGACCGGCGGUGUCAAGAAGCCGCACCGGUUCAGGCCUGGGAUGGUGGCGCUGCGGGAGAUACGCAAGUACCAGAAGAGCACGGAGCUGCUCAUUCGGAAGCUGCCCUUCCAGCAGCUGGUGCGGGAGAUCGCGCAGGACUUCAAGACGGACCUCCGGUUCCAGAGCAGCGCCGUCUCGGCGCUCCAGCAGGCGGCCGAGGCCUACCUGGUGGGGCUGUUCGAGGACACCAACCUGUGCGCGAUCCACGCGAAGCGCGCCAGCAUCAUGCCCAAGGACAUCCAGCUCGCCAGGAGGAUCAGGGGCGAGCGAGCUUGAGAUUUCUUCUUAGCUUGUUGUUACUGUGUGGAGUAGGGAGAUGUUAAAAACUGAAGCUUUAGCGUUUUGUAGCUUUCCUUUUCCUUUUGGGCUAUUCUUCUGAUGUGACGUGUUUCCAUGGCGAUUGAGGAGGUCAAUAGAGAUUGAUGUUCUUCUUCUACAAGCUUUUGAAGUUUGGUGGUGAAAGGGGACGGGGUGAUUUGCAAGGCAUGCAAACGAUCCGUGCACUUCAAGAGCAUGUCUUUCUUUGCA